GCAAAAGUGAGAGUGAGACAGAGAGGGAGACAGAGAAGGAGACGGUCGGACCUCGUCCGUCGUCGUUUGCGCUCGCGGAGCCGUGGCGAGUGUCGACGGAGACGCCGCCGUCGUCACGGAUUGUCCGUCUCCUCGACGAUUUCUUGUAGGCCGUUAUUGCACGUCAUGCUCAUGAGGACGCAAGAACUCAGAGAAAGAGCCUUCCUGUCUCCCUCUGUCAGGACUCUAAAUGUUUUAGCAUAAACGUAGAGUGUGAAGUAUCAUUGGUCGAGUUAUAAGUUCAAUCACUUGCAGAUGCUCCCGAGUAAAGCGAUCCGUUCGUCAGAAUUAAAUUUCACAUCAAUCUGUUCAAGCGAGAAGCUGAUGAGCCAUAGAGUGGAGUGUGGAGAACCUGUAAUACACAUUUGGGGCUUCUUUUUCAGUAGUUUUAUGAUUUCAGUUCUUUGUACACGAUAUAUUGAUCCGUUGAGGGACGCCGAAUGAUUCCGGACUUUACGUUGAAGCAGGAUGAUAUUCUCUUUGUGAUAUUCUCUCUUUCUCUCUCUCUUUCCAUGGGGAGAUCACAAAUAAGUUUCAUAGAUACCCCUAAUUUGUAACGCAUUGGCGAGCCCAUUAUACUUCUACGAGGGCGCACCUAACGCGAAGAAGAUCCACGAAGAUUUCCAAUUAAAAUGGGUUUAUCAAUUAGGUGAAUGCGAUCAUCUGCCCCGUAACCCCGAGCUGGCGAACAUAUUAAUCUUCUCUCAGCCAUCUUCCCUGCCUCGAUUCACAAGUUAGCUUGUCUGAUACUUGUUGCAAAUGUUGUUGCGUGUCUAACUUUGAAUUCUCUUCUACCCAUUUUCCCAGUCAGCGUUUGUUGUUUGAUUUCGCGCUAUCUGUCCCUUAUCUCAUCGUUUUGCUUUUCACCAUCUGCAUAAGUUCUCAGCCCACACAGGCUUUAUCUGACUCCAGGUGCAUAUUGCUCCUUCCCAUAGGACACUGAGACCGAGACCAUGGAUAUCGGUAAAAAAUGUAGCCUCUAUGAACCUAAGUAACGGUUUCUCAUAUACAAAUUAUACAGAGGAUAACACACGGUGAAAUAUACGUGUGAGAUACGUAAAUACGUCGUAUGGGUAGGAAGAACUUGGAGAGACAACAGAAGUCUCCCUCCCUAUCAGCCAUGCAUGACAGAGGCCAGGUGCACGUGUGACAUUACGCGUGUAGGUAACAAACACAGGAGUAUCAUAUCAGCCUACCAGUAACAUUUGCAGCAAACGCUAUAUAAGGAUAUCUUUCUAAAUAUAAUACUAAAAUAUUAUCAGAAAAGAGAGAAAUAAUAUAACAGAUGUUUCCUGAAACUUCACUCACUCACAAAGGGACGUGCCGAAAGAAUUUAAUUAUAUUGAUGAAAAUCUCAAAUUAACUUCAAACAAUUUUAUAUAUAUAAAAUGCAAAAUUAUAAAAAUUACCGUUAGAAAAUAACGAAUACUCCCCCUUUAUUUGCUCGACACUUUUAUUCGUAGUUAAUGUGAGUUUGGUCGCAUUAGGGCAAGAAUGUCAGGGCUGUUGAUGUAAUAUUAGUACAUCUCUCCACUGGUUCUAUAUUAAUUAGCUAGUAUGUAUAUACCAAAACAGAAAACAUCGGAUCCUAUUACCCAAUUUUCUCCCGAAUAUUAUCGAGUAACGACGUCAUAGAUUUUCUUAUCGGGAUAUGCAAUUCCAUCUUGUCUUAUGAUAUAAUUUUUAACAUCAGGAUACAAAGCGAGGGACAAAAUAAUAUCGUGCACCUUAUUGUAUUUCAUUACACAGUUAACGGAGAGACUCUACGGGAAGCGAAGCACGGUCACCUUUCCCUCGCGAAGCGUAUUAACGCGGGGUAGCGCUUAUUAGCCCCCGGGUCCAUACUUGGACGGAAGGAGGACGGUGGAGGGUUGUUGCGCGACUCAAGCCGGACUCUCGGGAUAAUGCUCUCUAAUUGCUUUCGUGAUCCCGGGGCCGCCUUCAUUGAUGCAACCCUCUUAGAGCGGCGGAGUCUCGCGCGCGCGUCCAGUCACGCGUGGGUAGCGGGGCUCUCCGAAGCACCCCUCGCGCGAGCGUCCUUUCCCCCCCUCCCCUCCGCCAUGCCAGGCCGAUUUCUUCCCCCUUGAUACAUUGUGUUUGGUACCUGCCGCCCCAACAGGUACAUACGCGGGGGCGCCGAUAUAUACACGCACCAUGAUACACGCGCGUAAUAAUGGCAGUGACGUGUACCGCUCGUAUCGUGGGUUUCCCGCCGGGGCUUCUCUUUGAUCUGCGGAUUAUUGAAUGCGCCACACCUGCGAGGAAAAUUCGUCUCUUCAGCGGAGAGGUAGUAGUAGCGGUAGUGGCGACGACUCAGUGGGUGCAGAGAAGAGAGGCAAAGGAGUGAUUGCCAUGACUACGACAGGAGCCCAGUAUGCCCUUGCAGCAGCCUCUACCGGGGCUAACAACAGUGGGGGUAGCUCCACGGCAGCGGUAGGGGUAGAUUCUAAGCAGAAUGUGGUUGUCGUGACUACUACCUCCAGCUCCAAUGGCGGUGGCAGUGGGGCACAGACUCAGCCUGCCAGAGGCCAGCAGCUCAUCACUGUCGUGACAAAUCCUGAUCCCUCCAGUCCAAAUAAUCUACAGCCCAUUCAGGUUUUUGUUCAGGAUUCGCUUGAAACAGCUGCAGAUUCGUCCAACGGUUCAACAGGUACGCCAGCACAUGUUACAGCACAGGUAGUGGUCAAUACUACUCACUCAGGCCAGCACACGCUGGUGGAUUCCGACGCAGCUUCCACGUCAACUGGCACCAUCGUCAGUGGUUCCCCGCACUACAUUACAGUUACAGGUACCAGUGACUCAUCAUCCUACGCGUCCCUCACAACGGCUGUAGUGUCCGGCGACGCAGAGGCGGUGGGGUCCGAGUCAGUCUCUCAUCCAACUUACGUUCAGUAUGUCGAAGGGGAUGGUUCCACGUAUAUACCGGCGAAUGGCCAGAUGACAUAUCCCGUUUAUGCUGUCGGUGAGGCGGGAGCAAUGUACACUCCAGCUUCGGGUCAGUACUACACUCCAGCAACAACCCCAGUAACAUACGCACAGGUCACGGGACAAGGCACAAAUUCAACCACCGGACAGCUGUUGUCACAGGGCAACGGCACAUACUUGAUUCAACAGAGCGUAGUAGAUGGAGACCCGACUCACGCGCUCAUAUCCGCCGCUGCGCGCGCUAGCCCGCAAACGGAAACUGCGGAGGCUGUGGUUAGCGGUGGUGGCGGGGCGUACAUGAUCAGCGGUAAUUCCGGAGGUACCACUGUCACCGUGGAAGAGACAGCGGCAAACGUGACGCAUGCCACUAGAGUCUCCCAGGCCACCGUACAAUGGCUAUUAGAGAAUUAUGAAACCGCUGACGGUGUGUCUUUACCAAGAUCCACUCUCUAUAAUCAUUACCUACGCCAUUGUUCUGAAAACAAAUUGGAUCCUGUAAACGCGGCGAGUUUCGGGAAAUUAAUACGCUCUGUAUUCUUAGGAUUGAGGACGAGACGUUUAGGGACUAGAGGAAAUUCAAAAUAUCAUUACUACGGAAUUCGUGUGAAGCCAAGUUCGCCUUUGUCCGUACUGAAUGAGGAUGGUACAUCGAGACAACAGCAGAGUGCGAACUCUCAGAAUAAGAGAUUCAAAUUUGUCAAUCAGAAGCAGGAAUCAUCCUACGAGAAUAACACACAUACGAAUACGAAUAUCUCUACCAAUUCCUCGCCGCCGCAGUAUCAGCAGUAUCUCGGCGAAGCAAACGGCGCUAUUCCCGAUUUUCCAGAGAUCUUUAUUAGUCACGACUCGUCCCUGCCCGAGGAUUGCACUCUUGAAGACAUUGAUACGUUCCGCAGCAUAUACAGAGAGCACUGCGAAGCAUUCCUUGACGCAGUAUUGAAUUUCGAAUUUGCCACGGUAGAAAGCCUCUGGAGAGAAUUCUGGCGCAGCCAGGACAAUAAUAACGGUGAUGAGUGUGAAGAGGAAAAGUAUUUGUCAAAAACCAAACUAUAUCAGAUGUGUCAAUGUACGGGAGUACAAGACUUUAUCAAAAAAGUGGACUAUACAUUCUAUCAGAAUCUAGUCGAUGUUUUAAUGCCUAAUGUAUUGCGACCGAUACCAAGUUCGUUGACACAGUCUAUUCGAAAUUUUGCAAAGGGAUUGGAAUCUUGGUUGCAGUCAGCAAUGGCCGAUUGUCCUGAAGAAAUGACACAAAUUAAGUUAACUGCAGUGUCAGCUUUUGCUCAAACUUUAAGACGCUAUACGUCAUUAAAUCAUCUUGCACAGGCCGCGCGAGCGGUACUUCAAAAUUCUAGUCAAAUUAAUCAAAUGUUAGCUGACUUAAAUCGCGUUGACUUUCACAACGUGCAAGAACAAGCAUCUUGGGUAUGUCAAUGUGAUUAUGGGAUGGUACAACGGCUCGAAGCGGAUUUCAAAGUAACAUUACAGCAACAAAAUUCAUUGGAAGAUUGGGCAAUCUGGUUAAAAGGAGUCGUGACUCAAGCACUUAAACCACAUGAGGAGAAACCAACAUUUGCUAAAGCUGCACGUCAAUUUUUACUCAAAUGGUCGUUUUACAGCUCGAUGGUUAUUCGAGAUCUUACUUUGAGGAGUGCUGCGAGUUUCGGAUCUUUUCAUCUUAUUAGAUUACUUUACGACGAGUACAUGUUUUAUUUAAUAGAACACCAAGUUGCUAUCGCAACUGGGACUACGCCAAUAGCUGUAAUGGGAGACAAAAGUCAAAAUUGCUCUUUAGUUAGUAGCUUUGGAGCAACGUCCAAUGGAGAUGCGUCUAAUGCGAGCCAACCAAAACGUAUGAAGCUAAGCUAACUGUGUGCCUACGCCCUUUAGUUUAUGAAUAAACCCGUAAAGCACACGAAAAUACGAAGAUACUAGCACGAAAGCAUGCAGGCCUACUACAAAAGAAAAUAAACACUAGUCUCGUAAAUUAUUAUUUUAUAUAACGUCAAAUUAUAAUUAUGACAUAUAAGAAGAGGAUUUUUGCAUAACGCCUAUGAUGUAUACAAUUCAAGUAAGUCUGUGUGAUAUAAAAUAUAGAGAGGUAUUGUAUUGUAUUCCGCGAAAGCCUUGUCUCAUAUACAGGUAUGGCGCAGGUUUAAACUAUCGCUGGCACGAUUUUAGUAUGUUAGUAUAUGUCAAAUCUAGUCGAAACAUCUUUGGAAGGAAAUAAUAAGAAUAUACGGGACCAUGAAUCUAUCAUGCUCUCACUAAAACAUGUAAGAAAAGCUCACUCGAUUGUGUUUCCUGUGAUUUAUUAAUUAUUUUAGUUAUAUAUUUAAUUAUAUAUUUAUAUGGAGAAUUUAAUUUUUUAUACUGAUAAUAUAUAUUAUUAGUUACAUGUUAUAUUAAUACUCGUUAAAAUAAAUUUAUAAAUUUUAUUCAUUUUUAUAUUAUAUAAAACAUAAAACGCAACAAUAAAUAUCCAUGCGUAUCCAUUUUUUUUGCCGUGAAUAAAGAUAUUCAAAUUAUUUGAUAACACGUAUAAAGGAAACUACAUUGAGUGGGCUUAAAAUGAUCAUCAGUUUGUGCAAAGGAAAACGCGAAAAUAUAAAUUCUCUGCCUCGAUCAGAGUAGAAUUCACUUUUGUUCGCGAUUCCAGUGCACAAAUUAAACGCAAACUAAUUAACAAAAAUCCGCCCUACCGACGGUAAUAUGUCAAAAGUAUUCCUAUCGGAAUAUUAGAUUGCUGUAACGGUAUAUAAACUUUUAAAGUUUACACACACAUACAUAUAUCCGACAUUCAUAUUUUUUAAUGUAAUUUAUUGAUUGAACACAUCGAGCUCUGUGUGUGAAAAUUUCGUUUGAGAGCAGUCUAUUGCAGUCGGUUACUAUUCUCUCAGUAUAAUUAAACAAAUAGUACAAAAUUUUAUUGGAAAAAGAGUAAGAGAAAAAUAGGAAACGGAGAGACGCGAGUAUCGAAAGAUUGUUUUAAUUUACUGAUAGAAUAUAUAGCAGUGUGCGUCUUAUACGUUGGAUGUGUACAUAUUAAUGAAAUGUAGCGAAUGAAAAUACGUACGAUUGUUGAAAUUAAAAAAGAAAACUGCAAAAUGUAAUGAUAAGCGCGAUAAAAAAAAGAAUAUAAUGAUACAAGCGUCCCCAACCAGUUCAAAAAUCGGUUGAGGAUACUUACAACUAAAAAUAUGUGUCGGUAUAUGUUUUGUAUUCAUAAGCACUCCAAUAGCGUCUUUUGUAUUGUAAAAAUAUUAGAUUGUAAGUACUCCGGUAUUGCUACAGUUUCGUAUGUUGAGUUUAGUUUGUUCAUAUACAUUAUUUAAGACAAUUUAACAUAUAUUAGUGUAGUUGCAGCGCAUGGAUCUUUAUUUAUUUGAAGACGAUGUUCAAUCGUCUUACGUUUCAAGCGACGAGUAUUUAUAAUAAAGCGUUCUAUAUGUAUAAUCCGCGACAAGUUACUUCUUAAACAUCGAAGACAUUUAAUUCAUUAAUAAAAAAAAAAAUUAACAGAUACAAAUUUAUUAUGUUGUAACAUUGGACAAUGAACAAUUCAACAUGUCCAUUUUUUUCACGAUAAUUUUUUGUAUUUUAAAUAUAAUUGUUGAUUUAUUGUAUACAUCUUAAGUAAGCUAUACAUUUUGCGAGAAGCGCGCCUACUGGCAAAACAAUCUGUUUGAUGUUUAAGUGUAUGUCAGAAAUAUUUUUAAAUAUUCCUUAUGACGCAUAUAUACGUAUACGUAUAUGUACAGGUGCGUUUACAAACUCGCAGUUUCAACGAAACCAAAGUGUACCAUUGCAUAGCUAAGACUCGUUUCUGUAAUUUUUGCAUGAUAAAAACGCAUCGACAAAUCCUAUGUCUGCAAAUUAUUUUUCACAAUUUUUGUUAUUGAUUUGCAAGAAAAGUUUGUAUAUGUAUAUAGAUAUACAUACACAUACAUACACAAUGCGAAAAAUACACGCUAGAAGAAUAACGAAAUCGCUUAUGCAAAUCAAUCGAGGAUUUCAUCUUUUAUAGCCUGAUGUUAGAAUUUUAUUAUCGCGGGUUCUUUUGAACAUGAGAUUAAAAUUCUUUUAUUUAGCGUCACAUUUUUCAUGGCAAAAUAUAAAGUCAAUAUUUUGUUGUUUUGUAUAAAUUUUGCAACCGUAUUGAUUGAUUACAGAAUAUAGAAGUUUUCUUGAAUCUUCAGAAAUGAUCUAAUAGUCAAUUAAUAACGUCUGGCAAGCUUAUCCUUCGAUAUAAGCUUGCCAGAUGUUAAUAAUCGUUUUGAUCUCACAUAAAAUAUUAACCUUAAAUGUAUUGUGACAUCCCAGGACAUAACAGUAUAAAAAUAUCUCGCAAGUUUGUUUUUACACUCGAAUAAAAAUUGCAGUCUGAAUGGCGCAAAUGCUAAUGAUGAUAUCGCUCGAGAAUGACUUGGUAGAAUUGCUGAUUUAGAAUGAGUAUUGUUUUAAUGCGUGAUGAUGAAGCGAAUUGAUCUCCGAUCAAUUCGCAUCGACGUAUUUAUUGAAUCACAUUUUCUUGAAUUCACGACGAGGUUGCGAUAUUAAAAAAAAAAAAAAAUAUUGCGAAGAAGAAAAGGGGAAAAAGAGAAAAAAGGUGCCUUUUAUUUCAUAAAGAUGAAAGGACAUGAGUCUCUCUUUUCACAUUUCAUUCUAAUAGUGAACGAACAAACAUAAAAAUCGUAUUCAAUAGCUGUAUAAAUGAAGACGCCUGUUAAUUUAAGAACACGACCGCUUUCUAUACGCUUGUAAAGAAAGCAGGCCUUGCGAGCUCUCGACCUUGCAGUCGGCUAUUUAUCAAUUGGAGAAAUAUUUAUGAUAAAUGCGCCGAUGUGUCAUUUGCGACCACAGGCUACUCGGCUAUUCUUCAGUUUACGCACGGCAUGACCGUUUGCCACUUACGUCCGUUCCUUGACAUAUUCUUUCGGCGUCCGAAUAAUUUAAUUCUUUCUGCAUUUUCAUUCCUCAUUUGUGUGCGAGAACGCGAACGUAUAGGGGAGCGCAUAUCAUUUUCGCUUUUUCGUUGUCAUCCUCGACUGAAACUUUGCGUCCACGUUCCCGCGAACGUUUCCUCUUCCAAGCUACAAGUGAUUUAACACAAGGGUACUAAAAAAAGAAACGAGAAACCGGUUUUGGGUUGUUCGCGACUCGCGAAUCGCAGGAUAAGCGUCUCGCCACCGAUGGAGAUAUAUAUAUAGAAUACGUGCGUUUAUAAUUUAUUGUGUAGGAUUAACGCGUGCUAGUCAAAGAGAAAACUUGGUAGUGCGGUCUGAGGUGGUGCGAGACGAGAAAUAGAGGGGUGUGUGUGAGUGAGUGAGAGAGGGUGAGAGGGUGAAAGCACAUCGCGCAGAGUACAUCGAGCAGAGUCUAAGAUCGUUUCCGUAACUGUAAUGAGCUUAUACGUGUAAAGAUAUAGAGAAUGAAAACUUAUCGUCGAUACCUAUGUGUACCUAGAAUGUAAGGAUAUGGGGGCGACUCAACGAAGGAAGAGUCCGAAUGCGGGAGCGACCCGGCCGCUGCGAGGAAAAGAAAUAGGACGUCUUGCCGUAACUUGCUUAUGAAACGUGAUACUUAAUUAUAUAAGGUCGGUUGGAAGUCCGAGAUUGGGGCAUAAGAAAAAGAGGAAGGGGAGAAGAGAAAUCCAGAAGGAAAGCAUUCUUCGGCAGGUUUUUGCAGCAGCCGCCGCGUCGUGCCCGCUUCUUAAUGAAGAGAAUUCGCUCUAAUAGUAAGUUUUACAAGCUCGCCGCGGUAGACGGCAGGUCGAAAAGAUAGUCCGAUAGUAACUGUACUGUACGCAAGAUCAAACUCACAUAUUGUGGUUUCCUAUGUUGCGAGAUAAGUAAACACACGGCCUUAAAUAUAUUUCUGACUGUACGAAGAAGAAAAAAUAGAGGACUAGGGAAUGAGGAUUGAUGGGGAGGAUUUAGGGAUGCGGGACAGGUCUGAAAGAGAGAGAGGGAGAGAGAGAGAGAGAGAAAAGAAAUUGCGACGCAUUUUUUCUUAUAACGUAUAGAAGAUAUUUUGAUACCUCCAGAGAGAUUUGCACAAAUCAAGUGUCAUUCGUUACUGCUUGAAUAAGAUUAUUUUUACUGAAUGCCGCUCAAAAAGAGAGAAAGAAAGAAAAAAGAAAAAGAGAGAAGGGAGAGGAGAGAGAGAGAGACAACAGCGAACUUAGAGUGUAAAUCGAAACGCAAGAAUCUUCGAGAAUCUGUGUGAAUGUGCGAAUUAUGAAAAGUGAAUAAUAAAUCUAUGUUUAAAACUUGUAA